AUGGCAUUCGCUGUCAUCCGAGCUCGCAGCCGUGUGGGCAGGAGCGGGCUAUAUAAGCCGCGAGCCCGGCAGCCGCGGGGCAGACUGUGACAGCAGCAGCGGCGAGCGCCUCGGAGUAAGGCGGAGCAGCGUCCCCGGAGUCCCGCGCCCCCCGACGGGCCUGUCCGCCCGCCCUCCCAAGGAGCGCCUGCCCGGGCCCGCGAGGGCCGCCGCCACCCCGCAGCAGAUUUGGAUCCCCCGCCCGGCGAGCCCCAGGCUGCUGCCUCCCGGGGGGGCCCGGCGCAGCGGCCGCCCCCGGAGAGCCCCGCCGCCCCGCCACCCGGCCCCUCAGACGCCGGCGGCGCCAUGGCGGCCGCCAAGCCCGGAGAGCUGAUGGGCAUCUGCUCCAGCUACCAGGCGGUGAUGCCGCACUUCGUGUGCCUGGCCGACGAGUUCCCGCAGCCCGUGCGGCCGACCAAGCUGUCCAAGGGCAAGGGCCGGCUGCGGCGGCCGCGCCAGUCCCGCUUCAAGACGCAGCCAGUGACCUUCGACGAGAUCCAGGAGGUGGAGGAGGAGGGGGUGUCCCCCAUGGAGGAGGAGAAGGCCAAGAAGUCGUUCCUGCAGAGCCUGGAGUGCCUGCGCCGCAGCACGCAGAGCCUGUCGCUGCAGAGGGAGCAGCUCAGCAGCUGCAAACUGAGGAACAGCCUGGACUCCAGCGACUCCGACUCGGCCCUGUGAGGGGCGCCGCCCGGAGGGGGGACGUGCGCGUCUCCGCGGCCUUCCCGGGACCAGCGUGCGAACCCCGAAUGGGCCCACGCCCCACCCCAGGGGACCCGGGAGGACCCGGGACCGCCGCCCCUCGCACGCUUGGACUCCCGCCCGACUGCAAACUGGUCGGUGCGCCCUCUGCUGCGCUCCCCCGGACCAGGAGUGCCGGGCGCCUGGGAAGGGGGCCGCUUUCUUUGCCCUUGUAAAUGUUUAUUUUUUAACUCUUCCCAGUACGAACUCUUCUGUGAGUGUGUGCGGGGAGUCGCGCCCGCUCUGAGUCUGCCCCUGGUAGCCAGAGUCGCCCGGGGAUCCGCUCCACGCCCUUGUCUGAUGGUUUGCAACUCCGAUUUUGCACACAGCUCCACCGUGCCCCCAGCGCACACCCGUCCGCGCUCACGCCAACACACUCUCGCUGAACACUUUUAUAAUUGUUAGGCACGGCCGAUGGGACUUGGGGCGCAGCGCAACUGCUGCUGCGGCCAGAGGAUUGAUAUUUAUUUUUGCAUUGCGAUGGCUGAAGGCGUUUAUUUAACAAUCUUUUUACUUGGAUAUGUCUGUGAGGCUCCCGAAUGGAGACAAAUAAAGUCAAUAUAUUUACACAGUGCA